CCCACGGAGCCGAUACCACGCCACUUGCCGCUCUCGCCAGCCUCUUGCACGACGUUAUACGCGACCCUAAACGAUCGUCGCCUAAACGAUCUCUUUCCCUCGACUCUUAGCAAACGAAAGUAACAGUAACGGCCAACUAAGAUGUGUGACGAUGAUGUUGCGGCACUAGUCGUGGACAAUGGAUCCGGUAUGUGCAAGGCUGGAUUUGCAGGGGAUGAUGCACCGCGUGCUGUGUUUCCUAGCAUCGUCGGCCGCCCUCGUCAUCAGGGUGUGAUGGUCGGUAUGGGUCAAAAGGACAGCUAUGUUGGCGACGAGGCGCAAAGUAAGAGAGGUAUAUUGACAUUAAAGUAUCCUAUAGAACAUGGUAUUAUUACUAAUUGGGACGACAUGGAGAAGAUCUGGCAUCACACCUUCUACAAUGAAUUGCGUGUUGCACCAGAGGAACAUCCUGUUCUUCUCACUGAAGCACCCUUAAAUCCAAAAGCUAAUCGCGAGAAGAUGACGCAAAUUAUGUUUGAAACCUUCAAUAGCCCGGCCAUGUACGUCGCUAUCCAGGCCGUCCUUUCCUUAUACGCUUCCGGUCGUACCACCGGUAUUGUUCUUGACUCCGGUGACGGUGUCUCUCACACCGUACCUAUCUACGAAGGUUACGCCCUUCCUCAUGCCAUCCUCCGUCUGGACUUGGCUGGUCGCGAUCUUACUGAUUACCUCAUGAAGAUCCUCACCGAAAGAGGUUAUAGCUUCACUACUACGGCCGAGCGAGAAAUCGUCCGCGACAUCAAAGAAAAGCUCUGCUAUGUCGCUCUGGAUUUCGAACAGGAAAUGGCCACCGCUGCCGCUAGCACCUCCCUUGAGAAAAGCUACGAGUUACCUGAUGGUCAGGUCAUUACCAUCGGUAACGAGAGGUUCCGUUGUCCUGAAGCUCUUUUCCAGCCUUCCUUCUUAGGUAUGGAAUCCUGUGGUAUUCACGAGACUGUCUACAACUCUAUCAUGAAGUGUGAUGUUGAUAUCCGCAAGGAUCUUUAUGCUAACACUGUCCUUUCUGGUGGUACCACCAUGUAUCCCGGUAUCGCCGAUCGUAUGCAGAAGGAAAUCACUGCCCUUGCGCCCUCAACCAUCAAGAUCAAGAUCAUCGCUCCCCCCGAGAGGAAGUACUCUGUAUGGAUCGGUGGUUCUAUUCUGGCUUCCCUGUCCACGUUUCAACAGAUGUGGAUUUCCAAACAGGAGUACGACGAAUCUGGUCCUGGCAUCGUCCACCGCAAGUGCUUUUAAAGACACGUGUCCAGAAUCAAUCAUGUUCACCAAUCACAUUUAUCCUUCAUCACGAUUCUUCUUUGUCUCUUCUUUAUCUCCUUCUCAA